GUUGUUGAAAAGCGCGAAUGAGCUAAGCUCAUCUCUUGGAAUGUAGAUCGCAUUGAUCUGUCCAACCAUUGUUGGUCACAUAAUCUUGUGUCACGAAGCGAUAUAUCAAAACCGCGACCUUAAUUCCCCUCUUCUCUUUUUUCCUUUUUCCCUCGUGCAAACAGCCCAAGGAAAAGAAAAAAAUUAUCGUAUAAAAUGGAAACCGACGAAUUUCACUAUUUUCCAAAGCUUCCCUUUGAAAUACGAUGUUUGAUCUGGGAACUCUGCCUGCCGCAACGAAUCGUAGAAGAAGACGCCCCUUUUUUUCUUCUCGACGGCAACGAAUCUCGUCAAGCGUGCUGGGCACUCCCAACAACGUACCAAAACGCUCAACAGCCGGUGAUCGCAAUGGUGAACAAAGAAGCCCAGAAAAUCGCGAAAGAACACGGACGCAUGAUACAGAUGCAGGAAUCGACCAAUUUGGAUUCAAUAUGGGUACAGCCACGUAAAGAUGUGCUGCAUCUCAACUGGACGAGGAUGCGAUAUGUUGCUUGUUAUGGGGAUCCGGAUGCCUUUCGAAGCCCAUUAGCCAUGUUUGUAUGGCAAGCGGAAGAAUUAGGAAUGCAGCCUUCAGUCGUCGCAGAGAUUCUUCACCCAUUCAGCAUAAAAGCGCUCCUAGGAGGCAGCUCUGCGUCCGAAAGCCCAAGUGUUGAUUACGUAUCGGUAGAAAACAACGACUUAGCCGACACUGCGGAUUGUGCAAGUCACGCAGAUCGCACGGACCAACAUCUAAAUAUCACGAUGGCAGCGGUUUCUUUACAUAUCACCCGGAACGCGGUUUUGAGAUCUGGCCUAUUUGGAUUAUUGGGCGACGCCCCUGUUCAAAUGGUUGAUUUUGAUGACGAUAAUCGACUGGGGCAGUUCCACGAGUUGUUUAAACAGAAUGCAAUGGAUGAAGAGCCAGAAGUGCCGAUACUCUUCGAUACGUUUCAAACUUUUCAAUUUCGAACCGCCGUUGAGAUGUGGACGAGACAAGCUGAGUGGAUGAUCUUCGCAUGCAUGUGGCAGCGCGCACAACAGCCAAUUUACACCAAAGGAUCUGAGACAAGCAUAUACAUUGACGAAAUUGGGACAAAACCAAGUUUGGCGUGGCUGCCUGAACUGCCGGAGAAGGUGUCUAUUGACAUGGACGAACAUUCACCCAAUAUGGAUCAUCCAUGGGUGAAAAAAGCCUUCCGGAUUGCGCCCAGACUGCGACCGCAGAUCAUGGUGCGAUAUUGUACCAAAAAGUGUUAUAUCAAAGAUAGACAUCUUGAAUAAAUGUAGAAAUACUGAAUGUUACUUGGGUGGGCAAUACAGACUGAUAAAAAGAAUUGAAUCCAUCUCCUGUGGCAAUAUAAUUGAGAAAAGUCUAUUCUACUUUGC